AUGCCUAAUCUAACGGUCCCACAAACUCCAAGAUAUGUCCCUGCCCUGCCUACUAAGGAGAACCUCCAAUAUGCAGAUCUUGCCAUCAUCGACCUGUCUAAAGCAGCUACCGCAGAAGGUCGCACGGAACUAGCGGUCGAACUACGAAAGGCCUUGACUACUCAUGGGUUUUGCUAUAUUAUCAACCACGGGUACACCCAAGCUCAGAACGAGAGAAUGUUCGAUAUCGCAGAUAUUCCCAUGUCUGGUGUACCUGAAGACGAGAAACGGUUAUACACCGGAGACAGCAAGAAGACAGGUAUAUUUCAAGGCUACAAACCAAGACAAUACUGGCACAUCGAUGCAGGCGUGCGUGACCAACACGAGCACUAUAACUGCAACCGCCACGUCCUACAGCUUGAUGCACCCACAAGCACUCAGAUCAUUUCUUCCCGAUAUCGAUGCCUUCACUUCGGAAGUAUCACCCUACUCUGGAGUCAGCCUGUUGCUGCCUUACAGAUCCAAACGAAGGAGGGCUGGCGCUGGGUCAAGCAUAUCGAAAACGCUUUGCUCAUGAAUAUUGGUGAUUCGAUGGAGUUUCUCACAGGAGGAUUUUACAAGGGAACCAUCCAUCGGGUUGUGCAACCCCCAAUUGAUCAACGUGGCUACACGCGGCUAAGCAUGAUCUAUUUCUCUUUCCUGAAUGACGAUGUCAAGUUGGUACCCCUUAUGGACAGUCCAGUCCUCCAGAGGGUUGGGGUUGAGCGCAGAUGUGAAGACGAUGUAGCUCCUACCAUGAAGGCCUGGAGAGUUGCGAGAAUUAGUGCAUAUGGAGCGAGCGAUCUGCAAAAGAGCAAAGAGCCUGGUAUAGAGGAAGAGGUAUUGAAUGGCAUUAUUGUCAAGCACUACAACUAG